UCUGUUUGUUCCCUGGUGGAGAGUCUGAGUAAACAAAAGAAAUUAAAAAAAUGGAUGACGCACAAGCGAAGAAGAAGGCGUUGUUUCGCGCUAAAUUGAACGCUCAAAAGAAGGAAAAGCGAAUAAACUCUCCUCUCGUUAGAUAUAACGAAGUCGAUCAACCCGUUUGUCGAGUUUGCGACGUCGUUUUGAAAUCUGAGUCUCAAUGGGACGCCCAUCAAGCUUCGCGUAAACACCAUCAGGCAAUUAGUAAUCUCAAAGCUAGUGCAACUGGAGUUACUCAAGCUAGUAAUGCGAAAUCCGAGCCUAGUAAUGCAUUGUCUAAAACUGAACAUCGUUUGGAGUCGCAAAAUUCAGAGCUUCAACCGUCAAAGAAAGUAGCUGAAGCUCAAACACCGAAGCAAUUACCUAAAGCUCAACCAUCUUCUGUUCUUCCUUCAGAUUUUUUUGAUAAUGAGGCAAAGAAGCCAAAAACUGAUUCUGUUAAGAUGGUGGAUCCUGAUUCAUCCAGGAACUCUGGGGGUUCUGCCAAGACUCAGGCAACUGCAAGAUUAUACUCUGAAAAUAAGAUGGAUGGGUUGCCUAUUAGUAAUGCAACACAAACAAAGAAAGUUCAGUCAGCUAGGGAGCUUUCUGAGAAAUCAACGAAGAUGGCUGAUUCAGAAUCCAAGCAACCACAGGGAGCACUUCCUGAAGGUUUCUUUGACAAUAAAGAAGCAGAUUUACGUGCUCGUGGCAUUAAUCCUGUUAAGCCAGAUGUUAAGGACGAGUAUAAGGAAUUUGAGAAGUUGAUCCAAGAGGAUUUGCAAGAGGUGGAUAACCGUAUGGAAGAAGAUGAGUUUGAUGCUGCAGAAACUAUACAAGAGUAUGAACUGUUGGAGCAAAAGGCCUACAAGGAGAAAGUGGAAGCUCUGAAGAAGAGGAAAAUGGAGUUGGAGGCCGCCAAGUCAGCCAAACGAAGCAAAAGUUCUGAGUUUGCUCAGAACAAGUCUACUGAUGACGAGGCAUCCAGUGAUGAUGAAGAUGAAGAUGAAAAGAAUUUUGCCAUUGAUUGGAGGGCUCAGCACCUGUGAUUUCUUCCACCAAAGUUGCUGGUAAAGAUGGAAGAAUGAAGUGACCUAAUUGUUAUAACGAAAGUCGCCGGCUCUCGUUUCUGAAUUAUUGUAAUGCAAGACCCUCAUUCUCUGGGUGCUGAAGCUGAACUGCAAAAUUGGUGCAGCUUGUAUAUUCAACUAUGAAAAGGCUUCUUUGGUUGGGACACAUGGGGUCCUGAGCUGCUUCACCAAGUUACUCAUCACUGAUUUGCAUUUUGUGUUAUUCAUAGACUUAGACAUGAUUGCUGAAAACUCUUAAUAGUUUUUAUUCUAUUUUUGCAGUAAGAAGUUUUGAUCUCUCAACAAGGUCUAUUAAAUAGAAUGGUAAUAAGUAUUGUAGCACCAAUUUGUUUAUGUAAUAUU